AUGCCACGCGCCGUCCGAGGAGUCCUCAUCGAAUGCGACCCGUCCGUGAAAGCCAUCAUCCUGAAAUACGACGAAGAGCGCCACGACUACAUCGUCGAAGACCUCGAUGACGAUCGCCACCUCGUGAUCAAAGAGAGUCAGCUCCAGAACCUCAAAAUCCGACUGGGAAAGGAACUCGACGAUAAGGUCAUGCAGCCGGAGGAGGAGGAAUCGGAGUGA